CAGAAAGCUCCACUUACAGCUGCAGUUUUACGUUAAACUGACUCAAUUCUUCUGCAAUUCAUCUGUUAUCUUCAUCACAGGCCGCUGGAUUCUGCACGCUGAGGAUGAAGACGCUUACAGCAGCUGCUCUGUGUGUUUUGAUGAUUCUCAGUGUCUGCUCACGAGCGCAGGCUACCGCUGCCUUUGACCUCCUGCGUGCAUCUGCUGUGAGUUACGCGGGGUCCCUGCCCUGUGGCGAUUGGGACUGUGAAUGUGCAUUCAAGAGGCAGCAGGGCUGCUGUUGUAUUGAACAGCCACUGUUUGAUCUGGAGGAGGCCACGUUCAUACGCAUGGUUGGCUUAUGGGAAGGACUGUCUCAUCUGAACACUCAAAUAGAGGAGCUCACAGCUGGAUGCAAAAUAGCUUUCACCGCUUCAAUGCUUCCAAUGAGUGGAUGUCUUGGGCCGUUUACCAGCAACAUGUCUAUCUCGUACCAGUCUGUCUCACUCAAUCAGGGCAAUGGCUACAAUCCUGCACUCGGCACAUUCACGGCUCCUCAUGCUGGUCUCUACUCGUUCUCCUUCACGGCUUAUUCCAGCGUUGGCAGCGCAGGUCAGCGGCUCUACCAGAAGGUUCAGUUGAUGAAGAACGGCCAGCUGAUCGCCUCCUCCUGGGAAGAUAACCGUGAGGAUUCGGAGGACAGCAGCACUCAGACGGUUCUUCUCCAGCUCAGACGCGGCUGUCAGGUCUAUGUUGAGCUGCUCUCAGGCAGACAGCUGUGUGGAGACACCAAGGGCCAAAACACAUUCAGCGGAUACCUGGUCUAUCCGUUCUCUGAUAAAUGAGAUUAAAAAACAAAACAAAACAAAAAAAUACCUGUACAUACAUACACAAUGAUCUUCAUCAGAGAUUAAAACAAUAAAAAAAAGAUCAUCAUAUAAAAUGAUCAUAAAAAUGACUAAAUGAACAUGUACCCUACCCUUGCAAGACAGUAUAUGGCUUUAUGA